CCCCCCCAUUUAAUUGUUUCACUUGAAAAAGGGCAAGAGCAAAUGAGAAAUGGAAAUUGUAACGUUGUAAUUGAUGUCAAUUUAUUCAGCUGUUUAUACUUUACAGUGGGAAUGAAGUGCUAUUGAGAUGUAAUUUUAUUCCAAAAUGGUGGCGUUGCUUUAAAAGUAGAAAUAAAGGUCUUAAUUGAGUGUACUCGUCAAUGUGUGUUCUGUGCGCAGUGAUUCUUCUUUCCAGAAUCAUCUGAGCUAUUUAAUUUGGAGGCAUUACGUUCUGAGAUACAUUUUUCUUGAGUUCGUGCACCCUGAAGACACAUUCUCCGGCGUUAAGAACCCACCGUCCCAUAUUAAGUUGAUGAGUUGAAAGUGGGCAAAGAUUGGGCACCUUUUUCCCCCGGUGUUCUUGAGUCUGAAUCCACUGACGACUGACUGUGUUUCAUGACAAUGGAUGGCGACAGUUCUACAACAGAUGCUUCUCAACUGGGAAUUUCGGCAGACUACAUUGGGGGAAGCCAUUAUGUCAUCCAGCCUCACGACGAUACAGAGGACAGCAUGAAUGAUCAUGAAGACACAAACGGCUCAAAAGAAAGUUUCAGAGAACAAGAUAUCUAUCUUCCAAUUGCGAAUGUGGCCAGGAUAAUGAAAAAUGCGAUCCCUCAAACAGGAAAGAUUGCGAAAGAUGCCAAAGAAUGUGUUCAAGAAUGUGUGAGUGAGUUCAUCAGCUUUAUCACUUCAGAAGCCAGUGAGAGAUGUCACCAGGAAAAACGGAAGACAAUCAACGGGGAAGAUAUCCUCUUCGCCAUGUCUACCUUGGGCUUCGACAGUUACGUAGAACCUCUAAAAUUAUACCUUCAAAAGUUCAGAGAAGCUAUGAAAGGGGAGAAGGGAAUUGGUGGAGCAGUCACAGCUACAGACGGACUCAGUGAAGAACUAACAGAGGAGGCAUUUACUAAUCAGUUACCAGCUGGUUUAAUCACUGCAGAUGGUCAGCAACAAAAUGUUAUGGUUUACACAACAUCCUAUCAACAGAUUUCUGGUGUUCAACAAAUUCAGUUUUCAUGAUCUGAAGAAAUGGAGGACUGAGGAGUGUAGAAAAGCGAGAGCCUGUGAUUUCCGGCACGGAGACAUCAGCAAGAAAUGAGUGGUGGAGGAUGUCUCUCUGUAUAUUAAAUAGCUGUAAUGUAGCUUCCUGAUGCUUGACUAAUUGAGGUGUUAAUUCUGACUUGAGAAUCUUUUUCAUGAAUGAUUUUAAAAAGGAAAAAAUUUGGAUUUUAAAGGUAUUAAAAUAUUUUUGUUUUGUACGAGAGUUUGUUGCUCUGUAUGACUCCUGUAUGCAUUGUAUAUUGCAGUUUAUUACUGUCAGAGAUUUGUAGACAGUUUCUUAUUUUCAUAUUGAAUCAUGUUACUUUUGUAAUUCAAGUAAGCAGCUGGGUUAAUUCAUGAUGUUUGCCCUUUUAAUAAAAUAUAAGGGUAGAGUUCA